GGAGUACAAACUGAUACUUCUCUCCGCCGGCAUUUUGAUAGAAAGCGGCAUAAUCUCUCCGGUCGAUCUCCUGCUGUCCUGCAUUUCGGUUUCUAUUUGGCGGUGAAAUCACCGCCUAGGUUGUGGCUUUAGAAAGAUAUUUGAAUAUUCAAAAAUGUUGCAAUGGAUGGGCGGAUCUCGGCGGAAAGUGACUUCCACAAGAAUGUCAACGCAGAAAAGGCAAAAACACUACUUUGAGCAGAAAAGGCGGCAACAGCAAGCGACCGGAGGGAGGAAAGAUUCUGAGGAGCACAAUAUCCAUGGGCAGCAUGCUGAAAAUAGUAGAUCUCUGGAUAUUCUAAGUUUUCAGAACUUAUCAACUGUUGUGCAACAGAACAAGUCAAAUUACCCUUUAGGAAACGAUGAAACAGAGCACCAUGCUCUGAACUAUCAAGCACUCAAGUGUCCACAAUCAAUACAAUGUUUUCAAGCUAACAAAUUCACACCUUCCGGCCCCUCUGAAGCUGAGGAAGCAAGACUUUCAUCAAGCUAUCAACCAGGCAGUUCAUACGCAAAGACGAUGUUGGUUAGCACUUCUGGUAAAGAUGCAAGAACUUUCAACUCAGAUGAUGACAAGAUGAAUCAUAUAAAAAUGGUCCCAGGGUAUCAAGAACUAGGUAUGAUGGACAUACUUGGAGAUGAUGAACCAAAUCUCCAUACUGGUUCAAGUUUAGAACGUGAAGCUCAUGCUGCAUUUUCAAUUGAAGGUGUUGGUAGAGUGGAAAUGGAGACUCCAGUUCAUACGCCAGUUCGUGCACCAGAGGUGCAUGGCAGAAACUUCUUGCAUGGUUGCUCUCCACCAUCAAAAGCUAUGAGGCCUGCUGACUCGUUCAACCUUAACAGCGAGCUGGUUAACCUUGAAUUUGAAUUGGAGUUACAUGCUUUUUUCAGCAUUCUGCCUCCACAUGUAUGGCUCUUGAUGUUUCGUUUGUUAUUGACUCCAGCAUUCCUUGUAAUUAUUGAUAUCAUGGACAAGCCAAAGCAAGAUUUGUUGGACACCAGAGAAUUCUCAAUAUUUGAUGACAAUGAUAAUGGUUUUACUGAUCUUUUUCAGAAUGAUGAACCAUUCUUCCACAAAACAGAGAGAAAUAGGCACAGUUGGGAUGCAACCUGUAGGCCUGUAACUGGCAAAAUUCUUGACGAGAGUGCUUUUGGUUCAUCUUGCAACAUUUGGAUGGAUCAAGAAGAUGCUUCUGAUGAUUAUUAUACCAUGGACUGCAGGAGUGAAGAAUUUACUUUUCAAGGCUCUUAUCGACAGAAGAGCAGGACUACAAUGAGAAAAUCAAAGAGACUCGGACAUAGAGAUUCACCUGAGCUAUAUGUGAAGCGCCAGAACUCAGAGAACUUUCAUGAUUCCACAAUUCCGGAGAUGACAUGGAGAUCUCCAGUUCACAGAGACCAUGAUGUUGGUGAUAUUGAUUACCAACCCACAUGGUCAUGCUUCAAAACUGAAGAUACAAGAGACAAUUUGAGUUUGCUGAGUGAGGAGUCAUGCUCGUCGAGCGCAGUGGGGGGUGUAUCGAAGAAAGGCACAUUGAACUCAACUGAGAAACAGACACCGAAAAGUGCUGAUUUUGGUAGCUCAGAGAACAUCUGUGGUGAAAACAUUAUGCAUGGCAGAGUAAAAACCUGCAAUAAGUUGGAGAUUAACCAGCAAGGGGACAACACAAAUGAGCAAGGAAAGCUUACAAGGAUUUCAAAUUCAUCAAGAUCGCAACCAGCUGAUAACUCAAAAAUGACUUCUGAGAAGAGGUUGAAAUCAGAGAAUGGCCGAUUGUUUGAGGGAGCAUAUGAUCCUGGCAAGACAAUUUCACGUCAUAAUCCUUAUCCCAGGACAUAUGAUACAAAUCCAAGCUCCAGACUUUGGAUUGAAGAUCUCUUUGGCACAUCCGGAGGUACCAAUGUGCAUGCUGAUUGCUCACCUUGUUGCAACCUGACAUCAGAAGAACAUGAUUCCCACCAACGUAAGUUGGAAAAAGUUACGCCAGUGUCAAGUAUGCUAAAUUUUUCUGAGCACUGCAAUAGGGGGUAUAAACCUCAGAAGUCAAUGCAUGGUCACAGUUUUCCAGAAUCAGAACUGCAAAGCAUUACCAGGGAGGAAGAUGAACAUUCUGAUCUCCCUGUAUCUGAACAUGGAAAACUGGAGCAUUGGAGAGAACGUUCCCGCUGCAGAAAAAGCUUAUUCUCAGGAUGUGGGAAGUUUAUCUAUGUAGCUGAUGUGGAAGACAAGUCUAGUGAUUGCAAGGAAUCCACUACUGAGGCUUCAAAAUUAUCCUCAGGAUGUCGGAAGUGUACUUGUACGCCUGAUGAGGAAGACAAGUCUAAUAAUUGCAAGGAAUUCACUAAUGGGACUUCAAAAGCCGGAGAGAAUGUGAAAGAAACGGAUUGUCUCCAAGAUGAAGAUGCAUCACCAUCUGGGGCUACUUCAAGUAUUGAUGGCAAUUCGUCCCAUGUAGAUGCUAAAUGUCAGCUUACUGCUCAGAGCUCUUUUUUGCAUCAAACUGGAUCCGGAGCAAAUCUGGAAGAAGGAUUUGGGCAUGAAGAAAGGACAGGAAGUGAGGAGAAAAGUAGUAUUGAGUCAACAUGCCAGGUGAUGACGCUUGAUAGCUGUGUCCUGCAACUUCUUUGCAUUCAGGUACUGAAGGAAGCAUCUGCUAAGGUAACGGGGAAGAAGGCUUGAAGCUUUGAGCAUAUUGAAUUCCUUGGCUUGUCCUGCAUUGCCCCUACAACUUUUUCUUCUGCUAAAAGUUUGUCAAGGGAUAUUUACGAGCAAUUAGACCUCAGAUUAUUUGGCAUGACUUUGCUUUGUCCACAAUACUACUCUCUUGCUUGACUGGCAGUUCUUUGAUUAGUGUGAAGUGAAUGGAAAAGGAAUGGGCCGCAAGCAGAAUUUAUUUCUUUUUCCCUUUUUUUUUGGGGCCUCAUGAGA